AUUAUCCUAUUCUUCUUGUCGCUCCUUAGCAUUGGUUUCUUCCGCUUUGCAUGACUCUCUGGCGUUUGGCUUCCGGGAGUCUUUGGUGAGCGUCAAGUCCGGAGUAAUCGAUUAAUCAACUUUCAGACGCUUCCUCCACACAUCUACCUACACGGUACCCACCCCGAACACCGUCCGCACCACGGAAGAACGACCCAUCAUGGCCGAUACCAAGAGGCAGAGCAUGGCGGGAAAGGUCGCUACACCAAAGGUCGGCCCUACCAAGGAGGUAAUUGAUGGUGACUCCAGCCUGUACAAGGCCGUUGGAGCACGGAUCAAAAUUACUUGCGCCCCGCACAACAACGUGCUUGAGGGCACCCUGUUCACAACAUGCAACGUCACCAACGCAAUCGCAAUAAACACCGCACCCGCCCCGCCGAACCCCUCAGCGCCGCUGUCCAGCCAGCCUGGCGACUUCCACAUCAUUCCGUUCGGCCACAUCGUGACCUUCGAGCUCGUCGGUCCGGGAGAGCGGGCACCCGAAUCCGCCGCGGGCUUUGAUGGAGCUCUGCCCAGCAUCACCAAGGUGGAUCUCGAGGCAUUGAAGGCGAGAGAGGAGAACACCAUCCGAGAGAUGAAGAAGAAGGACGCACAAAAGGGCAAGGGCGUCACCAAGGAAGCUCAGGAGUUGUUCGAUUAUAUCGCUAGGACACUCCCACUCCGAUGGGCAGGGACCCAAAUCGUCGUCAACGAAGCUUCGCUCAUCGACGCGCCGUACGGCCUCAACAACAUCAAGUCCGCGCCCGGCAAGGAGCAAAGCGAAGCCCAUGUCCGUAAGAUCGUCGAGCGCUUCUACCAACUCAAGAAGCCCGCACAGGGAGCCCCUCGAGCCUCGGUCGCAACCCCAAUCGCGCCCCGGAAAGGAGGUUGAGUAAAUAACCCCCAUCCCCCCUCCAAACAAAGGCGAAAGACGAAGAGAUAAAAGGAGGAAAACAUCACGGAAAGAAGAGGAUGAUGUACACAUAUAUCUAGGCCGGCCGGCCCUCCAGUCAAUGGAUUGGGAGGCUUCCGAAACAAUUUUUCUCGCGCGCCGCUCCGGGGAGGGGGCUACAUUCAUCACGAGAUAUGUAGAUGUUUAAGUUUCUAGUUCGGGGAAAU